AUUUUAUAUAUAUCAAAACUUUCACUCUAAUAAUUCUCUUUCCCUCUCUCUCUGCUACAACUUACAAGUCUAAGUACUUGUCCUUCUUACAUAUAUAUUGAUCACCGAUUUAUAACAUCUAAGAAUGUUGUCAAGCAAAGUUAUCAACGAAUCUCACGGACAAGACUCAUCCUACUUUCUUGGAUGGCAAGAAUACGAGAAGAAUCCUUUCCACGAAACACUUAACCCUAGUGGGAUCGUUCAAAUGGGUCUUGCUGAAAACCAGCUUUCAUUCGACCUGAUAGAGUCGUGGCUUGACGAUCACCCCGAAGUCUUGGGUUUGAAGAAAAACGAAGAGUCAGUUUUUAAACAUUUAGCUCUGUUCCAAGAUUACCAUGGCUUGCCGGCUUUCAAAGAUGCCAUGGCUAAAUUCAUGGAAAAAAUCAGAGGGAGCAAAGUGAAAUUCAAUGCAAACAAGAUGGUGCUCACAGCUGGCUCAACCUCGGCUAACGAGACUCUAAUGUUCUGCCUCGCUAAUCCAGGAGAUGCCUUUCUUAUCCCUGCACCUUAUUAUCCAGGGUUUGAUAGAGAUCUCAAGUGGCGGACAGGAGUAGAGAUUGUUCCGAUCCAUUGUGUAAGCUCAAAUGGGUACAAGAUAACAAAGGAAGCGUUGGAAGACGCGUACGAACGAGCUCACAAACUUAAUCUAAAUGUUAAAGGAGUUCUCAUAACGAAUCCUUCAAACCCUCUUGGAACUUCCACCACCCGUGGCGAGCUUGAUCUUCUUCUCACCUUCACAUCCGCCAAGAAAAUCCAUAUGGUGAGCGAUGAGAUCUACUCGGGGACGGUGUUUGACUCUCCUGAGUUCACCAGCGUACUAGAAGUGGCCAAGGAUAAGAACAUGGAUUUGGAUGAAAAAAUUCAUGUUGUUUACAGUUUGUCUAAGGAUCUAGGCCUCCCUGGAUUUCGCGUAGGCUUGAUUUACUCAAACAAUGAGAAAGUGGUGUCAGCGGCGACCAAAAUGUCCAGUUUUGGACUCAUUUCUUCCCAAACUCAGCAUCUGCUAGCCAACUUGCUGUCUGACGAAAGAUUCACGACCAAGUACUUGGAGGUGAACAGGAAGAGGCUGAGAGAGAGAAGAGACAGGUUGGUUUCGGGUUUGAAGAAAGCCGGGAUCGGUUGUUUGAAGAGCAAUGGGGGUUUGUUCUGUUGGGUUGAUUUAAGACACCUCUUGAAAUCCAACACGUUCGAGGCCGAACACUCUUUAUGGACAAAGAUUGUAUGUGAAGUCGGUCUAAACAUCUCUCCAGGCUCAUCUUGUCACUCUGAUGAGCCUGGUUGGUUCAGAGUUUGUUUUGCCAAUAUGUCAGACCAAACACUCGGGGUUGCUAUGGACCGUGUACACGGUUUUGUAGAGGCCAUGGUGAUGAAUACUAAUCAUGGUAAACAAAAGAGAACAAUGUGGGAUUCAAGGAGAAGAUCACUUAUCAACAAAUGGGUCUCCAAGCUAUCCUCUGUUCAAUGUGAAUCAGAACGUUGAUGAUUUUUUCUCCAAGAUUUCUCGAUUGCUUUCCAAAUUUUCUGUUUCUUUUUAAUAUGGUUUUUCACUCCAGAUCUGGCACAUGCCAUUGUGGAGUUUAGCGCUACAAAAUAAGAAAAAAGUACUGUUCUUUUUAUGCGAGGAUUGAAUGAAAAUCCUAUUUGUGUUUUGUUCUUUUGUGUAUUCUUUUAUUCUUUAAUAUUCAUGUAAUACUGUAACAUGGAAUAAUAUCACUUCUUUUAUUUCAAAGGAAACCUCUGUUGAUUCAUUUCCUGAAAUUAAGGUAAAUCGAACGUACAGGAGACACUGUACCAGAUUUUUGUACGAUCCUUUUACAUAAAGGCACAUUUUGGCCAAUUGGCACACUUUUAUUUCGUCUUUAGCUGUAAUAAAUUUUUUUUACCAAAAAAACAAUAUAUUUUUAAAGAUAAUUAUUGACCCAAAUUGCCUUUAGUUAUGAUCAAAAGAUUUUCUUAACACAUAAAAAAUAAAAUCAUUUUGCAUAAUUUUAUAUUAUUAUUUAUUAUAGCUUUUCAUUUGUUUUUAAUUAUUUUAAUUUAUAAGCUAUAUAAACGAAUUUUUGAUGAAACUGAAAAUUACAUUUUUUGAUCUUUUUGGUCAAUAUUGUUUUUUUGAUAUUCAUAUGUUUAUUGACAUUUUAAUAUUUUCAUUUUAUUUUUAAAUCUCAAAUUUAAAUUUUACAAAUAACUUAUUAUAGAUAAGAUAUUGUGGAUCGUGAAACACGUAUUGCGGACCGUGUAUAUGAUUGAGUGUAUUGUUGAAUAGGUUGUGGGCAUGCUUUUGGUGGGCAUAUAGGUUGUGGACAACUGAGUUAUGGAUUAUGAAAUUUUGACGGAGACUAACAUUGAGUUGGCUUAGUGGUAAAAGGGUUAUGGUUAUAACUACCGCCACCCGGAUUCAAUUCCCGGUGGAAGAGACUAUUUAUAAUGCUUAGUUAUAAGUAUAAUAUUAGUUAUAACUAAACUCAUUUAUAAAAUAUUUUUUUUUAAAUACCUUAAAAAUUUAUCCUAUGCUAUUCCAUUUUCUGGAAUUUUUUUACCACAGCAUCAUUUGUUAUUUUCUCAAAUAAUUAUUUUUCAACAAAACAAACAAUACAAUCAUUUAGAAACCGAUCACUUAUCUGCUUCUGCAAGAUAGUCUUCACAAUUUUCAUUGCAGAAAAACAUCUUUCAACUGUAGUAAUGACAACAAGUAAAGUCAAAACUAGUUUUAAAAGCCGAGAAACCUGAGGAUGUGAAAGAUGUUUAUUUGCCUCUACCAUCAUACAUACAAGAUCUCCAAGAUCCUUCAAAUUAACAACUCUUUCAUCUUCACGGAUCUCCAAGAUCCUUCAAAUUAACAACUCUUUGAUAUUCAUAUUAAUUUUAUUAUUUUAUGUGGUUUUGGAUAGAAUAUUACUAAAUCUCAUCAAAAUAUAUUAAGUGUUAAGAAAAUAUAAAGAUAAUUCCAUUGUGAAUAUAAAACAAACCAUAUAAUAACGGUUCUUACUUAUAUAAAAUAUGUAUACAUAUAAAUUAUUAAUUUAUAAUUUUAGUGGGACCAUAUAUUUACAUAGAAUUUUCUAAAUAUUAUUUUAUUGAUUUGUGUCAAAUUUUAAACUGGUCCAAGUUGGGACCAGCGAAAUUUAUUAAUUUAUAGAGAUUAUUAAUUU